AUGGACGCCUGCCAGCUGUGCACCGAUGACUUGGAGGCUCGUCGGCGGAGCGAGCAACCUAGAAAAGAAACGCCGAGAGUUAUGGAUACAUUGAAGCAGCGAAGGAUCGUGAACGCCCCCGCCCCUGUGCUUCUCGGCCUUGGCGAAAACGCCGGUGUGUCAGCAGCCAACGGGUCUGAAGAACAAAGUGCCCCGUGCAGAUCGUCUGGAGCUGUUUCACCUCGAUGCGACCGCGCGGAGCGUCUUCCUCGCGUUUCUCACGGGGGAGAAGACGAAUCGAGCAGUCCGCAAAGAAGUCUUUGGCUUAUUUCGGCCAAAGCAAAUGGAGCCGCUGGGCUGCCUAAUGGGCAUCCGAUAGAGUCCUCUAAAGACGAGAAGGAUUCAGACGGUGGACUUCAUUCUGACGGGCAGCUCCAAGACGAUCCUCAUUGUGGAGAGGGAGCCAAGGUGGCCAGAGUGGAAGGCGGUGAUGACGCGGGGGAUGAAAAUUUCGGGGGUAAAAGGGCGCACGUUUGUGAAGGCAACGCGACCUCAGUCGGGGCGCAGGCGGACACGGGAGGGGCCGCACAGCAGGCUUGGGGCAGUUCAGCGACAGCGAGUGCGCCGGCGUCUCGCUUCCCGUCGUCGCGUUCGUCAUUCUCUACGGAAGUUGCCGCUGCUUCGGAGUCGAUGCAUGCUUCUGUGUCGUCGUCUUUCUCAAGCCACCGAGCCGCGGCAGCUCUCGCCCAGAAGGCGCCUGCGAAGGAAGCGGAGUCUCUCUCGCGUGGCAUCCCUUUCUCUUCACCAUCAUCAUCAUCGGCGUCACACGCUAUACAGGACCCACGUUCUUUUUGUGGGGAAGCGUGCUUGGCCUCCCGCGGGGUAGAACUGCCUCACGCCGAAGAAGCAGCAGGGGUGAUGGCGUCGUCGUCCUCAGGGGAGGACGACGCGGGAGAGCGAAGACGGCAGAGGCGACGCGGAUCUCGAGAUCUGAUUGCGGAGUCGGGAGGUAAACGUUCCGCACUGUUGAAGGCCAUCCGCGAGCGGGAGACCCGAUCCGCAGGCUCUCGAGCACUCUCAGCGUUCGAUAGACUCCUGCUGUCUAUGACAGGGGUCGAUGGAGAGAACCAAGCGGCUGAACCACCUCCAAAGACAACAGCAGAGCUCGUUGCCCACCAGCGAGAAGUCCAUCGAAGCUCCGCAUAUUCACUUCGUCAUUUCUUUUCGCCGAGUGGGCCAGUGUUCCUGCAGUCGUCGUCAUCGUCGAGCUCAUCUCGACAGCUUCGUGGCGACUUCUUUAACACCUACCCGCCGGAAUGUGUGCAGGCCAUUUUCCACUUCCUGCCUGUCGAGGAUAUUCUUCGGAUGCAGGUCGUUAGUUCGGCGUUCUUUUCAGCGAUUCGUGACGAAAGCGGCGCCUUCGUCCACGUCCGAUCGCUUGUCAUCGACGCCAAGUGGGCAGUGCUAGAUAUCCACGAAAGACAGCAGAUGCUCCUGCAGAUGACGCGCCUGCAGCAUUUGGAGGUGCAACCUGAAGCUUUUUCAGGCGGCUCGAUCUCUAUUCAGGAGAUAGCGGCUCUAGUAUAUAGGAACGCGCGAGCCCUUCGGACGCUUCGCCUCCUCUCGCCGGAGAAUCCACUAUAUGACGAGACGCCGUUGCAUUCCCCGUUUGCUUUCAAACCGGGACGCUUCCCUCGUCUGCGUCUUCUGGCGCUUAUCGGGUCUCAGGCUUUUGAAUGGGGCCACAUCUUGAGCAACUGCCACUUUCCGGCUGUCGAACGAUUCGAGAUCUCGUACUUUCCUCUUCCAAGCAAUCACUGGUCCUGGCAGGUUCUCCCCGACUUCACAGCCUUAGGUAUCGAUGGGCUGCGUCGCCUUAUCCACAAAAUGGAGCUUCUGGAGCGACUGACAAUUGGGCUCGAAGUUCGAUUUGAGGACGAGAACAGGAGGCAACCGUUCGAGGAGGAUCCUGUUGUGCCACCCUUCGACCAUCAGGCACAUGCUAUCGCAGCUAACAACGCCGCAGUUUUGGAGGGAGAAGGGCGCGCCUGGGAGACGGAAGGGACCAGGGCUGUCAGAAGAACUCCGCCUGCCGUCGUCAGUGAGGCGUCGGGGAGUGGAGGCUUCGGGGCAGACCAGGCUGCCGCAGAGAACUCACGCGGCGUAGGAAGCUUGACAGACGUGGGCGGGAACGAGAGCCCAGAUCACGGGAGCAGAGGAGGGCGUGGGACGCCCGCGGCCGGAGCUGUUGGCGCAACGGCUGCUCGGGCAUGGGAAGCCCGUGUAGAUCAAGGCGGUGAACUCGACGGGGUGGAACCGGUCGGCGGCAGGGGCCAACUGCUAAGCUGGAGAGGCAAGAUAAGCGAAGCGGACUUUGCGGAUCUGUGUGCCGUCGCGUAUGUCCGGGCAGGGGCAGCAGGCAAUUUAAAAAGAAUCAUCGUCAAGCACAGGAGCAAGACGGGUGAAGAAACGACGAAUCAGGCCACGGUCGGCUCCGUGACUGAAUUUCUGCAUGAUGCAGCUUCCUUUUGCUACCGCUAUGUCUCCGAUGUCUUCACGGGGUUUCAGCCAUCGAACAACUGA